ACGCCAGCGCCUAGUCCGGGAAGGCCUAGGAGUCCCAACGCACGUCCGCGAAACGCACGCCAGCACCUGUCCGCAGAUGCCAGCAACCAGCGCGUACGCCCAGCGCCUGACGCACCCCGCCUGCGAUCCGUGCACCUGCCAGCGACACGCGCAUCACGCCCAGCUGAUGAUGGAUCGUGUUGUUAUCUAUACGGCAAUUCUAGAAUGCUCCCUAAUUUUCCACAUGAUCAAAACUCUCGGCCGCCCCAAAUUCCCGCCGCCUCAUCUCGCGCGUCGCACGCGUGUGCGUGCGUCUCGCACUCCUCCGCGGACUGGGACUCUUGCGCGCCUGCCCCACACGCGCGCCCAUGCGUGCGCUCAGUCCCGCGCCCGGACUCCUCGCGCGCGUGCGUGCCGUUCUCGCCUAUGCCUCUCGCGCAUAGGCAUGCGCCCGCGUUGCUCAUACUCGCGCGCCCGCUGCGCGCCUCGUCCCUGCCGACUUUUCCUCGCGCGUCCGCUCCCGCUAAUCCUAGUCCUACAAGGCCUAGGCCGUUGCCCGCGUCCUCGCCAAUCGCGUGCCCAGCGCUCCCCGUAUACCCAUCUUUUGCUGCUCCGCACGUCCCGCCAAUCACCGUGGCCUGCUCGUCUACCGCGCACCCUCGUGCGCCCGCAGUGCCACGCGUACCGCCAACCAUGCGCCUACGUACUCCUUGCAAACCCUGCGUGCACGGAUUUUUUGCCCAUUUGUGCGCAUCAAGGGCCGAUGCGCACCUUUUGCAUUUUAGCUCCUUACUAGACUCGUCGGUCCCUAACUCCACUUCCGUAUCAUUCCCCUCCUCUUCAAGACCUUCCUUGUCCCCAAGGAUUAGAAAGUUCAGCUACCUAACUCGACCAUCCUCGUCAUCCUCAUCAGGUGACUCGCCUGGAUGCUCAGUCCUCAACUUGACCCUCUUACUUGAUCUCCCGAACUCCAUAAAAGCAAUAAAAUCAUAUUACUACCAAAUAACUAAUGCUUGGCUUGCACACCAAGCAAUUCUAGAAUGCUCCUUAAUUUUCCACAUGCUCAAAACUCUCAGCCUCCCCAAAUUCCCGCCGCCUCAUCUCGCGCGUCGCACGCGUUUGUGCGUCUCGCACUCCUCCGCGGACUGGGACUCUUGCGCGCCUGCCCCGCACGCGCGCCCAUGCGUGCGCUCAGUCCCGAGCCCGGACUCCUCGCGCGCGUGCGUGCCGUUCUCGCCUAUGCCUCUCGCGCAUAGGCGUGCGCCCGCGUUGCUCAUACUCGCGCGCCUGCUGCGCGCCUCGUCCCUGCCGACUUUUCCUCGCGCGUCCGCUCCCGCUAAUCCUAGGCCUACAAGGCCUAGGCCGUUGCCCGCAUCCUCGCCAAUCGCGUGCCCAGCGCUCUUCGCGUACCCAUCGUCCGCUUCUCCGCACGUGACGCCGAUCACCGUGGCCUGCUC